UCAAGAAUGUUGAUAAUUGCUCUCUGUUUUUUGUGGUUCUGGUGGAUUAUGCUGUUUAUUUUAGCUUUGAUUAUUCAUUUCUUUGUACUUCUUUGUAUGUAAGUUUGCUCCAGUAAUCAAGAUAUGUAGUUCAAGUUUGCAUUAGAUCAGCAGUGUAAACCUUAGUUCAGAUUUCAGAAAUCUGUGGAACAGUGAUGAAUGUUAGCCUUAAGGAGAAGUUUUGGUAAAACUGCCUGAUUUUUCUUGACUUUCUGUUUCUUGUGAUUUUGGGCUUUGGGUUGAUGGUAGAAUUAUUCUGGUGUUUCUCAGCUUUAGCAUAGUCCAAGAUGGAAUCUUUUCUGACGAAAAUCGUGUUCUUAACUUGUUGUUAUUGUGUAUGAUAGUAAUGGUUGGUUUCAUUUGCUUUGGAUCAGGCUUCAGGAACAAUUACUUGCCGUGAAUGCCUUUAUAUGGUUCAUUUGGUUUUGUCUCAUCAGUUAACUUUAUGUCGGGCAGCUAGACGCAAGCCAGUUGUAUUCAAUGUCAUUAGUUUCUGUUUUUAUGAGCUGUUUUUGUGUCUGAUAUUGCUGAUCUGGAUAAGCAAAAGUUUGUGCAUGAAGGGUUCCCAUACAACAUUGAGGACGGUGAAGAAUUACAGAAUGCCUUACGAGUAUCUUCUGAAGUGGAUAUGACCUUAGCCUACUUGACUGAGAAGUUAGCAAACUUGGAGCACCUUUUACUGCUCGUCUUAGCCGGUGAAAAUGACACUGAAGCUAUUGAUUUUGAAAACAAUAACGUGUCUGCAGAAUUUUAUGAGAAGGCUUUCACAUUGGAUCUACUGUUUGCCAUACUGAACUUUGAGCUGAGAGAGCUAGAUGGUCUAGUGGUUGAUCUUCAAGAUCUAAUUGUCGAUACCCUUACCAAGAUAUCUUCUUGUGAAAAUUCAGCAGAAUUGUUUACUGGGCUGGCGAGAAAAAUGCAUGAUUCUGAGGAUUUACUGAAACGCCCGCAAGAGCGUCUCCUGGAGAUGAAGAUUCAAUUAGCUAAGUUGCAGAUGAGCUCAUUCUUUUUCAAGCAAAAUGAGUAUAAGCAUGACUUGGAUAUGGGUGUGGAAGGAGAACUUCACUUAGCAACCUCAGAAUGGGAGCCUGGCGUACUGACAUCUGAAAAAAGACGUGUUCUCAGAAUGUUGGAACUAUCUCUUGCAAGAGAACUGGAACUAGAAAACAAGUUGAUGGAGCUCAAACAGAACGAGGAAGAUUUGAAGUUAAAGAUACAGUUAAUAGAUCGUGUUGCAGUCUGCAUGGAAGAGGCAGCCGAGGUAGCUUGGGGUCGGUUCUUGGAAGCGGAUAAUGAAGCCGAAGUACUGAUGGGAAUUUCAAAAGAAAUGCUGGGGAAACUUCAGGUUGUUAACUCCGACGUUAGUAGUUCAGACAAGAGAGAAGAAGAAUAUAAAUCUAAACUGCAAUAUUGCAUUCAUGAGUUAAACGAGAAGGAAGCUUUAAUUGAGAAGCUCAACAGCAGCAUUGUGCAGCUUGUUGCUGAUAAUGCUGAGGUAACAGGUUUAAGAGAAAGAGUUCAAAUGCUAGAACAAAGGCUCAGUAGAACGGAAUUGGAGCUUAUUGAGGCCAGUGUUGCCUGUGAAACCAGUGAGCAGCAACUUAGAGUAAUGGAAGGAGAAAUAGAGUCUUUAAGAGAGAAGCCAUAUGCUGCAGAAAGUCGGGCAGGGAGUGCCGAUGAAAAAGUUACUCAAUUAACAGACUCGAACCUGGAAUUGACAGAAGAGCUUGAAUUCCUCAGAGGUAGUAAUGAUAGCAAUACAAAAAAGGUAAGCUUACUUGAGAAGCAAUUGAGGGAAUUGGAUAUCCAACUUCAACAUUCAAGGGCAUCUUCUGAAGCAAGCCAAGAGCAGCAGAACAUGUUGUAUUCUGCCAUUUGGGACAUGGAAACCUUAAUCGAUGAACUGAGACAGAAGGUUGCGAAAGCUGAAAAUAAGACAGAGAGUGCUGAAGAGAGAUGUGUUAUACUGUCUGAAACAAAUUCAGAACUCAACAAAGAAUUAGAUUUUCUAAGAUCUAGAAUGGAAUUCAUGGAGAUAUCUUUGGACCAAGUUACUCUUGAGAAAAGAUCAAGUGCAAAAGACAUCAGUAUAAGAACUGGUCUAAUUAUGGAUAUGGUUAUGCAACUAGCAGUGGAGAGGGAACGCAUACAGAAACAGUUGACCUAUUUGACAAAGGAAAACAAAUUGUUAAGAGAGAAAUUACAGAAAGAGCAGAAUAAUACAUCUCUAAUUCUGCAAGACAACCGGAGUCAUGAUGAUAAAGAGUUACUACCAUCUGCGCUUGAUUCGGUUGAUCGUGAGUCUGCAAAAACUUCUGCAUUAAAGGUUACUGAGGUCUCAUCAGAAAGUGUCCAGGUGCAGAAAUCAGCAGUGGAUGCUUUGUCCAACGAGAACCAAACAGUGUUUUCCAGUUCUGCAAGCCACAGCAGAAACUUAGUUUUGAAACUGGAGGCUGAGAGCUCGGUAGAAACUGGUAAAUCUCGACGAAUGUAUCUACUCAUGGCAACUCUCAUUCUCUUGCUAUCAAUUUUAGCAGCACAUUUGUUUCCAAAAAGACUUGCCGUCUUCAAACCUGCCGGAAGUUGAUCUUGGCAGCUUAACACCACCAUGAUGCUCCCACACCACAACCCACCUGCCUUGUCUAUGAGUAUAUACUUAUUGCAAAUGUAGUUUGUAGACUAUGACUACUUUGCAGUCCAUUACAGGCAAACAACAAUAGUUCUUGUUUAUUGUUCUUUGGAUUUUUGGAUCCCUGAAGGGAGUGUGAAUAUGUAAAUUGUUCCUAGCCUCUGAUAUUCAUUUAUCAUCGUACUCCCCUGUAGAUUGCUGCUACAUAUAAUUUUUCCCAAGAAAAGAACUACUUGAGCAAUUUGAAAUACG